AGCGCGCGCUUAGUACACAGUUGCAUAACGUCUUGGAAAUGACGAGCAACUACUCGCCGAUGCGUCUGCUGCGAUCGUUGUCGUCGUCGGCACCUCGGACGCGUUCCGUCGGCCACUUCGCGGUUUCGUGUUCGCUGCUGCUGCUGCUGCUGCUGCUCCGCGUCCCGUCCACCGAAUCCUUCAGCAUUUCCUGGGGUGGGGGAUUUGCUCGCAGGUUAUUCGGCGAUAGCGGGUACAGAGGAUUGUUCUACCCCAAGUACAUCGAUACUGGCGACUACUAUGCACCAGUGGCCGAAGGAAGUUCGCAUUACAAUGACGUAUUAGACGAUUUCCGCGUGUAUUGGAACGUGCCCACGUUCCAAUGUCACAAAUACGGGUACAACUUCACGGAAGUGGCCGAGUGGGGCAUACAGCAGAACGCGGACGAUGAUUUCCGCGGUGACAAGAUUAAUCUGCUCUACGACCCCGGCUUGUUCCCGGCCCUGAUGCAGGGCGGUGGUUCUGAGCGGAGCGACUACGUGGUCCGGAACGGGGGCGUUCCCCACGAGGGUAACCUCACCAAGCAUUUGGACAUAUUCAGCAGGGACGUAGUCACCAAGCUGGUGCCGGACCCUAAAUUCUCGGGGUUAGCUGUUAUUGAUUUUGAACACUGGCGUCCUAUGUUUGAAGAAAACUUUGGUUCAUUAUAUGCGUACCAAGAGUAUUCUAUGGAAAUCGAAAAAUACAACCAUCCGGAUUGGGGAAAAAAAGACCUCCGAAAAGAGGCUUCGAGGAAGUUUGAAAAAGCUGCUACUCAGUUCCUGAAGCGGACACUACAUAUUGCAAAAUCAUUAAGGCCGUACGCGUAUUGGGGAUAUUACGGAUACCCGUUUUGUUUCAAUUACACACCGAAGAACGAUCAAGCGAAAUGUUCGCCGAACGUGAUAAAAAACAACGAAAAGUCCAAAUGGCUUUUCGAAGAGAGUACAGCUAUUUAUCCGUCUUUAUAUUUUAAAUAUGAAAAUAUGAAUUCGGAAAAGAGAGCUAAGUUUAUGCAAGGCAGAAUGACGGAAGCCGGACGUGUGGCGAAAAUGAGUGAUUCGAGAAAAUUUAUUUACCCAUACACAUGGCUUAAAUACUACGACACGAAACAAUUUGUUGAAAAGGACGAUCUGAUGAAUUCGUUUUUGAUACCGAAGAAAAACGACGCGUCCGGCGUGAUCAUCUGGGGAGCGUCGAACGACGUGAACAGUGAAAGGAAAUGUAAAGCGAUGCACAACUAUUUGACCGGCGUGCUCGGGCCCACGCUCAAGUCGUUUUACAAGAACAACCGGAAAGUGGUGAGAAAACGAAAAGCGAAAAUCGACAGCAUAUUCGAUUACUUCAUCUGAUGUCGACCGCGUACAAUGAUAUUAUAAGCUCGUGUUUUAAUGGCGUUACAUUAACCGUUGCGAGUUACCUAUAUGUGUAAAUGAUAAUACUAUUAUUAUUGUUAUUAUUAUUAUUAUUAUUAUUAUUAUUAUUAUUAUUAAUUCCACUGUGACUGUUGUGUACAUAUAAAUAUUACUACUAACUUAUUAUAAAUAUAAAUGAACUACAUAUGUUAAUAAAUGUCCGUGUUAAUCAUU